AUGGACGAGGCUGGCUUCAACCUAGUGAAGAGGAGGCGCAGGGCCCGAAAUAUCAUUGGCCAGCGGGCCAUUGUUGAGGUCCCCGGCCAGCGUGGUGGGAACAACACAAUGGGUGCAGCCAUGAACCACCAUGGCAUCGUACACCGCCACGCCCACCUAGGGGCCUAUAACACUGACCUCCUCCUUGCCUUCCUGGAUGGCCUGCACAACCUUCUGGUACCACCUGACCACGUAUAUGACCAACAGAGGGUACAUUUUGUCGUCAUCUGGGACAAUGUAAGCUUCCACCGGGCUGCUCGAGUGCAGGAAUGGUUCCAGGACCACCAAAAUGUUUCCGUUCUAUACCUUCCACCUUAUUCUCCUUUCCUGAACCCCAUCGAGGAGUUCUUUUCAGCUUGGAGGUGGAAGGUAUACGAACGGAACACACAGACCAGGGUCACACUGCUCCAGGCCAUGGAGGAGGCUUGUGCCGAUGUAAGUCCUGAGUCCUGUCAGGGCUUUAUGCGCCACUCAAGGCGUUUUUUCCAACGCUGCCUGGACAGGGAGGACAUUGCUGUGGAUGUGGAUGAGGCCCUCUGGCCAGAUAGAAACCAGAGGCAUGAUGGAGGGGGGGUUUGAGCAGGCCAGUUCACAGUACAUUUACGUCCAAAAAUGUAUAAAAGAAAAAUAAAUAAAACA